AAGUCACUCAGACUCUACUUUCAGCACCAAGGACAGCAGCAUCCUCCUCCUCCUCCUCCUCUUCUUCAUCCUCAGCAGCAGCACAUUGCACCAUGGCAGAGACUCACCUCCAAGGAGUGGAAAUCUCAGCCACACAGUUCCUGGAAAUCUGGCGUCAUUAUGAUACAGAUGGCAAUGGGUUCAUUGAAGGGAAAGAGCUGCAGAACUUUAUUCAGGAGCUCCAGCAAGCCAGGAAGAAAGCAGGACUGGAAUUAUCAGACAAAAUGAAAGCUUUUGUGGAGGAAUAUGGGCACAACAGUGAAGGGAAAAUCGGAAUAGUAGAGCUCGCCCAGAUCUUGCCGACCGAGGAGAAUUUCUUGUUGUUCUUCAGGCAGCAGCUGAAGUCGAGCGAGGAGUUCAUGCAGACAUGGCGGAGGUAUGACACUGAUCACAGUGGCUAUAUAGAAACAGAGGAACUGAAGAAUUUUCUUAAAGACUUGUUAAAGAAGGCAAACAAACCUUAUGAAGAAUCAAAGCUGGAGGAGUAUACACAGACUAUGCUUAGAAUGUUUGAUUCAAACAAUGACGGGAAGCUGGGGCUCACAGAGAUGGCGAGAUUGCUGCCAGUCCAAGAAAACUUUCUUCUAAAAUUUCAGGGUGUUAAGAUGUGUGGCAAAGAAUUUAACAAAGCCUUUGAAUUAUAUGACAAGGAUGGCAGUGGCUAUAUAGAUGAAAAUGAAUUGGAUGCCUUACUGAAAGAUCUCUGCGAGAAGGAUAAAAAGGAACUAGACAUUAACAGCAUUUCAACCUACAAGAAAAGCAUCAUGGCCUUAUCAGACGGAGGGAAGCUGUACAGAACGGAGCUGGCUCUAGUCCUUUGUGCCGAUGAAAACUAGUAACCUGUCUUCAGCUAUAACCGUGUCCCACCGGCACUAGGAGAAAUAGGCUCUAACGUCCAACUUCUUUUAUAUCUGUAAAUCUAACUGCGUAUAGAGAAUUAGCCAGAAUGUGCUGCAAAUUAUUCUUUUUAUUUGUUUUCCUUUUUAAUUUGUUUCUAUACUGUUUGUAAUGUACAGUUUUUGUAACUACAGGGGAGAAACAUAAGAAUGUCUUUGUAAGAGACAGAAUGUAUGUGAAGAGAACUAGUGGGGGGGGCUAUGUACUGAAUAGGGGGUUUCUUCUAUUAUUCAUAUGCAGAGCGCCCCAGAAAUUCCUGUAAGGCUAUGUUCACAUGGCAGGAGUUUGGCAGAAUCUCCGCCCGGAACAUUCCGGCGCUAGUGUCACUCUGAAAUGCACCAUCUCCAUAUAUGGAAAUGCAUUUCCGAAAAAAAAAAAAAUAAAUGACCUGUUAUGAGGCCGGAAUCAGAAUUUCCACACCAGAUGUUUCUGGUGUGGAAAUUCUGAUUCCGGCCUCACAACAUGUUUUCAAGUGGAUUUUUUUCCUCCGGAUCCCACUUACAAAUUUCAGUUGUGUGAACAUGGCCUUAGGGUACGUUCACACUACAGAGGCAGAAUUUGUUCAGAAAUUCUGGUGCAGCAGUCUCCCAUUGUUUCCAAUGGGAUUCUGCUGCACCGUUCACACUGCGGAAUUCCACUGCAGAAAUUCUGGACCCGCCAAAAGAAUUGAGAUUGCAUUGCUGUCAAUGUUGACAACACGGGGGGGGGGGAUUUAUCAAAACCUGUCCGGAGGAAAAGUUGCUGAGUUGCCCAUAGCAACCAAUCAGAUCGCUUCUUUCAUUUUUAACAAGGCCUUUGAAAAAUGAAAGAAACCAUCUGAUUGGUUGCUAUGGGCAACGUGGUGGAGAUUUAUCAAA